AUGGCAGACCAAAUUCUUGACCAGAUUCGGGAUCUUGCCGAAGGACAAAUUGACUUUGAAGGACAGAGACUGGCCGAAUUCUUGACAACCGCUUUACUCGCAAUAUCCGGAGCCAUUGCCUUCUUCGUAGGCUUUUUCAAACAAGAUAUUAAACUUGCGCUUGCUUUCGGCUUGCUUGGAACCGCCUUUACCUUCGCCAUAGUUGUGCCUCCAUGGCCAUUCUACAAGAGACACCCUGUUAGAUGGUUACCUUUAGGGGGAAGGGAUGUAUCGCAAGGGAUUGUUGUAGAUGGCAAGACUGUUGGUUGA